AUGGAGCGGUCUACCCAGGAGCUGUUCCUCAACUUCACGGUUGUCCUGAUCACCGUUCUCCUUAUGUGGCUUCUUGUGAGGUCCUACCAAUACUGA